AUGGCUUCAAUUGCUCGUGGAAUGAGGGCAAUCCGCCCCUCCGCCCUCUCCCAAAUCUCUAAGGCCGCUCCCCGCGCCUACAUCCAGCGCCCAGCUGCCCGCGCCUUCUCCACAACCCCCAUGAGCUUAAUACGCAAGUACACCAAGGACCACGAGUGGGUCGACCUCAACGCCGAUAAGAAGACUGGCUUCGUCGGCAUUUCCGAGUACGCUGCUGAGCAGCUGGGUGACGUCGUCUACGUCGAGCUCCCCGAGGAGGGUGCCCAGGUCGCCCAGGGCGACUCCAUUGGCGCCGUCGAGUCCGUCAAGAGUGCCUCCGACAUCAACGCCCCCAUCUCCUGCAAGGUCGUCCAGUCCAACCUCAACCUCGAGGAGAAGCCCAGCACCAUUAACAAGGUCCCCGAGGACGACUCCCCCGGCGGCGGCUGGAUCGCAAAGAUUGAGGUCACCGAGGAGGGUGUCCAGCAGCUCGAGACUCUCAUGGACUCUGAGGCGUACAAGGCCUUCGUCGACGCCGAGCACUAA